AUGUGGAUAUUACAAGAGCUGGCACGGGUGCACAAUGUACGUCUACUGUUUGGUUUAGUUUUCUUUUUUAUGCUGGGUGACUGCGCGGCCCCGGGGUCAGCUCUCCACGCGGUGGGCGAUGCAAGGCGGAAGCGGGCAGAGCCCCUGCAGGAGGAGAGUCUGGAGGACUGGCGCCAUCGCUGUAUUUCCCGUCCACGAUGCCCUUCUGAUGUAAUUUUUUUUGUUUGUUUUUCAAUGAGCAUCUCGGCGAUGAGGCGAAUUGGGGGGCUCGGAGAGGGAAGUGUGAGGGUCGCCACUGUGAAGUGGGCGGAGCACAAUGAUACCAGACCGCCUCUCACGUGCGCCAUUUGUUUGUACAUAGUGUUGGCCUCUGUUUUUGAUUUUGUUUUAUUUUGA